AUGUCACCCGGACUCAGCGACGUGCAGAUCACCUUCAUUGUCAUCGUCUGCGUACUAGGCCUCGCAGCAGCCGCCGUGAGGAGCCUCGGAUUGGCCAUUACGCGGAUUUCGCAAGAUGUGGCUCAAACGUACAAGAAGGCGUGGAACAAGGGGAAUGGUAGAAAUUCAGAGCAAAAUGAAGGCCAUUCGCUGGAUGAGAUGGAGGCGCCCGCCGGGCUCGUAGCCCCAGACUUCGAGCACGCGUCGCAAGUGGAGGCUGGUAUGGUACGAACAGGAUCAGGAAUAUCUUUGGAAUUUGCUGCAGAGUUCAAGCCGCCGUCGAUUCCGCCUCCGGCAUAUGAGAGGGAUCCGCCGAGUUGGGUGCCGCGUGCGGUAGACGAGUUUGAUUGGGCCUAUGGUGUGGGAGGCGAUCGAUUGGCGAGUAGAUCGCGCGGGUGA